AACGGUUCAAUACAAAAGAGAAUGUAGAGCAGAAACAGUUCCUACUACUGUUCCUAUGUGUGUUUCAGGUGGGGAACCUGGGCCUGCUCUUCAUGCUCCUGUUCUUCAUCUAUGCAGCACUGGGGGUUGAGCUGUUUGGAGAACUGGUGUGUAACGAGGACUACCCAUGUGAGGGGAUGAGCCGCCAUGCUACCUUUGAGAACUUUGGCAUGGCCUUCCUCACUCUGUUCCAGGUCUCCACUGGGGACAACUGGAAUGGGAUCAUGAAGGACACGUUGAGGGAGUGCCCUCCGGACUACGGGCCUGACUACUCCUGCAACCCCAGCCUGCAGUUCAUCUCUCCCAUGUACUUUGUGUCCUUUGUGUUGACGGCCCAGUUCGUCCUGAUUAACGUGGUGGUGGCGGUGUUGAUGAAGCACCUGGACGACUCCAACAAGGAGGCCAAGGAGGAGGCGGAGAUGGACGCUGAGAUUGAGCUGGAGCUGGCCACGGGGGCCCUAUGCUGCAUGGGGCCGGAGGGAGUCUGUGCAGGAGGGAAAAAAGGUGGAGGAGCAGGAGGAGGUGGAGGGGAGGUGGGGGAGUUGGAGGAGGAGUGGAUAGAGGGAUGGGAGUCCCAGGCAGUUCCUCCGGGGGGAAUAUGCAUCAUCACGUGGCAACGACGCAUCCAGGAACACUGCAAGAUCCGAACAAUCGUGAUCCCUACUCUCCUGCACAGGAGAGUCAGUGGCUGGACAGUGUGUCUCUGCUGAUUAAGGACUCAUUUGAAGGAGAGAUGCUGAUGAUUGACAACCUCUCUGGA